AUGGAGUGCCCCUCCAGGCUUGAAGGCCUCUACCAAAAAUGGCAAAAUCUACGGCCCACAUCACCACCCGAGCAAUUCCAUGAUUUCGGCGCUUUCUUCGACGACUCAUGCACCGCGUGGCUCAAGAGUAUGCGGGAGUGGGAUCAACCUAGCAUCGGUCGCCAAGCGAUUAUCGACAACGUGAAGACGAAUAUACAAUCCCACCACAUCGAGGAGCGACGCGUGCAGUCAAGUCUUGUAUCUGAGGAUGGACGGACUGUUAUGUGUGAGAUGAGGAAUCGGCUGGAUGUUCUCGGGACUCCGCUGGAUAACUUCUACGAGACUGCUGUGGCAAGGUUCAAUGAAAAAGGACUUAUUACCGACUUUAAAGUUUACAAUUGUCGGAGUCCGAUCGUGGGUGUUGUCCAGACUGUUACGGGGAAAGGGCCGUAUACUGCAGCUGCUGCGAAGCAGGAAUUCGAACACGUUGGAAGGCAUAGCAAUAAACAGCCAGCGAGCACCGAACUUGCUCAAGUCUCUGCGCCCGCGGAAACUCAAUGUUGUCGGGAUGUUAAGGACAGAGACCCUCCCAGGUUCUUUCCGGCCAUCCGGGCCCGUCUCUGGAAGAAGGUUGCCAGCGUCCUCCACAUCUUGAGAAGAAGCUCUUAA